AUGGAUCUCCCUCCGGGGUUUAGAUUCCAUCCGACCGACGAGGAGAUCAUCAUGUAUUAUCUGGUGAAGAAGGUCGGGGAUAAUAAAUUCGCCGCCUUGGCCAUCGGAGAAGCUGACCUCAAUAAGUGUGAACCCUGGGAUUUACCGAAGUUGGCCAAGAUGGGAGAGAAAGAGUGGUUCUUCUUUUUCCAAAGAGACAGGAAGUAUCCGACCGGGAUGAGGACAAACCGCGCAACUGAGGCCGGGUAUUGGAAAGCCACCGGCAAAGAUAAGGAGAUCCGGCGGGGAAAGAAGAUUCUUGUCGGCAUGAAGAAAACCCUUGUUUUCUACAAAGGGCGAGCCCCGAGAGGCGAGAAAUCCGAUUGGGUUAUGCACGAAUACCGGCUCGAGGGCAACACCGUAAGCUCGAAUAAGACUACCCACUAUGAGGAAUGGGUAGUUUGCAAAGUGUUCUAUAAGGUCGCGAAUUUGGAGACACGGCGAAACAUGGAUCGCGCAAGAAUCGAGUCCUUUGUUGAUAGUCUCUUGGAAGACCCUAGCGAUUUUCCGGCGCUUACCAACACCAUAUUAGCCACGAAUGAUCAGCAAAUCCCGACCGGAAUUCUUGCCCCGCCACCGAGAUUUGUGCCGGAAAGCCAGAAUAACUUUCUCAUCCCAUCAUCUCAAACUCACCUCCAUAGUACCAUGAACAACCCCUUCCCCACCCCCUAUCCAACCCCCUAUUGCCUUGAUCACCAACAAAACCCUAAUUUCAUCCCCAAUCCAGGGUUUCAGCCUCAGCCACCACUGUUAACAUCAAAUCUUGGCUAUCAAGAGCAGAUUGGAGGACCUAGCUCAGUCGUCUCGACUUAUUGGAACCCGGCCCCGGUCCCUGUCCCGGCCCCAGCCCCGGUUCCAGUCCCGGUCCAUGAUCAUCAGGCAAGCUUAGGGCAGAUGAGGCCGAGAGGGAUCGAGCAUUUCUCGACUAACAACUCUGUGAUCAGCCCUUCUCAGGAGACGGGGCUCAGCGCCGCGGCCGCGGCCAAUGAUAUAGUGUCUGUGGCGCCGCCGUCGGAGGUGGUGCCGCUGCCGCUGUUGGAUGAUGAAGAUCUGAUCGAGGGACUGAGCUUCAUGAGCAACAACUUGGAAGAUUUGGAGUUCUUGUGGCACUGA